GAGCAGAGAAGAUCCUUGGUGAUCCUCGGUCUUCAGUGCGACGCGAGUUCUCGGCUAGGCGUGACGUAGGUUGGUUGGUCCGCGCAACUUUGGUGAUCAAGUGAGCAGAGCACCACUUGUACGCGUCAUUUCUGUUUGUUUUCACGUUACCCAGGACUUGACUAUCAUUACCUGCCACCAUUUCACACAUCGCAUCAUUGUUACACACACAACUCUGGAGAGGGAUUGUCAAGUUGUUUUUUGCAGGAGGUGAUAAUGCAAGCAUGAGUAGAACCGGCGUGGGCCGAGGCUGAGAGGCCGAAAUGUGGCAAUCAUGGGGGGGCCUUGCCCCCGCCCUCGCCCUCGCCCUCGCCAUGUGCCUGCUUCCAAUAUGCGGCACCCUGCACAUGGAGGAGGGUGGAGGGGCGGCACUCGCCUUGUACCAGGAGCCACCCGUGAACUUGAAGGAGUCCAGCACGCCUAGGCUCAACUCCAUCAUUGUCAAGUCGAAGCCAUACAGUGUCAACGAUUCCCUGCAGCUGCUUCACCAGGCCCUGGAUGGCAAAACAUGGCGGAGAGAGGUGCCGGUAACCGUGAUGACAAGCACCACAAACAUGGACGACACGACAGUAACAACUCAAGCGACGACAUCAGGCCAAGAGCUGGCCACCGACCAACAGUACCUGGGCGACUGCUCCGAGGACAAAACAUGCACCGAGAUGACAACCCCGGGGCCCACGUUCAGGCCAUACUCGCAGGAAGAGCUCGACAAGUUCCUGCAGAAGGCGUCAGCCACGGGAGUGCAGCACACUAGUCCACGAACGGGCGACAACCUUGAGGAAACCGACCAACCAACAAACAAGUUGGCCAACCUGUAUAUAGAGGACGAGGCGGUCAAUGUGCUGGAAACAACUCCAGAGCCAGGAACAUUGUCAUCAGGCCACGACAAAUCCAAAUCCUGGAAUCUGGUCAGUUCCCAGACACACAAACACCCAUACGAUGACAGGAAUGGAUGGGUAUCCUUGGAACCCAUACCAUGGUCGCUGAGUCAGAUACAAAAAUGGGAACCAAACCCACACACUCGUCCACAAAUCCCCUCCUGGUCAUCCGCCUCUUCAUCUUCAUCCUCCUCCUCCUCUCAUCAACAUUCUCCAGGCUGGUCUUCUUCAUCGUCUUCAAGGCCUCCCCAAGGCGAGUACGGGAAGCCUUCAUGGGUGAAACCAACCUACGACUAUCGGCCACAAGAGUCCUAUCAUAAACCUUCUAGCUGGAGUCAGGCCUCCCCCAAACCCACGCAGCAUGGACCUCCCCCUGGGUGGGGGGGUGCCAGUGGUGACAUCAUCACCGAUGGACAUCCAGGUUAUUUCCCAUCCGAGAAACCUGGAUACCAGGAACAGGGCUCAUCUGCAAGUUUUCAUCGACCACAGGUGAUCUACAAAGACCAGUACAAUGGGCCUCAAAGCAACAGCGCACCCAGCGACGGGGACGGCCGGUGGGUCCUCCUCUCCAGUACGAAAGGGUAUUCCUUCCCGCAACGCCAGCGCAGCACAGGCAGACGUGCCAUGAGACCAGAAGAGAACGAAGGAAGCGCCCUGUUUCAGAGUGUCCCGCUCAAACAGCGUAGCUCCGGAAGGCGCGCCUUGAGGCUUGAAGCGCCUGAAGAGAACGAAGGAGACGCCACCUUCCAGAGUGUUCCACUCAAACCUGCACUGAAAUCAAGGCGCACUGUGAGGUUGACAGUGCUGCCACCUCUGGAGGGUUCUGCCAACACCACAACCUCGCACGGAGGUUUGUUGGAGGUUGAGAAGACCAGCGAAACGGUUGAGGAGUCGCAACGGGCCUAUGCUGCUCGUAUGCUCAGGUUGCAGGCACAAGAAGCCGAAGGUCAAACCAAGGAGCCUGAGCAAGUGAGACCUAAACCAGAAAAGCGUCAAACAAGUAACACAACCAGCUCCCAGAGAAACCUGCGAGCCGAGCGGCGCCUAGGCACAACGAUGCGGGUAGUGCCGGCCAGUCGCGUCCAGUCUCCGAGCCACGCCCGAAACAACGCCGUUCUGGCCGCAGUCGGCGCCGGGAUGAUCCCGGCCACGGUCGCCAUGCUACUGCCCAUGGUGCUGGGACGCAAGCGGCGGAAGCGGGACACGGAGACUCACUACGAGCCCGUGCCGCUCACAGUAGUCGAGAGUCCGCACCGGCGUCGGAGAAAACCAAUCAAGAAAAUCAUCGUCAGGAAGAAGCCAACUGAAGUCGUCUACUACUAGAAAAGUUCAUCAUUUUUGUGCAAAACUAUGUGGAGUGGAAUAGGCUAACGUUUUAAAUCUCUGAUAACUCUGGAAAUGAUCAUAUAAAUCUUGGAUUGUCAAAUGACCAAAGUAUUGUACGGUGCCCUAAUAAGAAUGCAAGCACCGUAGUUGAGUUUGCAACACAAUGUGAAGUGAAAGAAAAUUCAAAAGUUCUGAUAGCUCUGAAAACGAUCAUAUUAUCUUGGAUUGUAAAAGUUCACAAGCAUUACGGUACUCUAAAAAGAAAUGAAAGCUUCGUAGUGGAGCUUGAAAGACAACGUGAAUUGGAAUUAAGUGUUGCAACUGCUCUGAGAACUUUAUAGUUGAGUUGUUAUCAGGUAAUUUAUUACUUCAGUGCCAAAUUUGGUCGUAUAAAGGUGCAUUUCCGAGGUACUAUGAUGCUCUCAAUCAUUCAAGGUAAAAUAUAUUUCCUCAAAAGUCAGAAAACCUUGGCUUCAUGGAGUAAAAAGUGUAUAGAAUGUUGUCUAUUUUAUUGUUUUAUAACCUUAAGUUGUCCAUUGAAUCAUUCUAUUAACUUUCAAUGUGUUUUGAAACAUUUAUUUGGUGUAGUCCAAUAUAUUUUUCUGAAAACUUAGUAGUCUACAGUACUAAUACAGAACGGUAAUACAUUUAUUAUUAUAAACUCUUUUCCUAUCACAUAAAUUUUUGUUUAGUAUAUAGCCCUACACAAAUCAUUUUAAUAUUCUCACAAUCUUUGUACAUUAAUUCAAAAGAGAAAUGCUGUGAUCAGUGAUUGAGUUAUCAACUUAGAUACAUUAAUGAUAGAAUUGAUAGAUUGAAAUGCUCCGGUAUAUAUUUCAGAUGAAAAAUGCAAAAGAAAAGUAGACCCAGGCUAUUACUCACAUUGAAUAUGCA